AUGCAUGUUCCUCAUGAAUUGAUCAUCCAAAUCCUGCUGAGGUUACCAGUAAAAUCUCUUAUACGUUUCAAGUGUGUUUGUAAGUUAUGGUUUUCUCUUAUCUCUCGUAAUUCCCAUUUUGCAAAUUCACAUUUUGAACUCACAGAAGCAACACACAAUCAUAGGAUUCUGUUCAUAUCAUCUUCACCUCAUGAAUUUCGAUCUAUAGAUUUAGAGGCAUCUCUUGACGAUGAUUCUGCUUCUGCUUCACUCAACUUUAAUUCCAUGCUUCCUCAAUCAUUUUUUCUUAUUGAAGUUAAAAAUUCAUGCAGAGGGUUUAUGUUUUUGCACUGUUUUUCAAAUAUCUAUCUAUGGAACCCAUCCACUGGAGUUCACAAACAAUUACCUUUAUCUCCUAUUGAUUCCAACUUAGAUGCCAAAUAUUCCUCUUUUGUAUAUGGUUUUGGAUAUGAUCCAUCAAUGGAUGAUUACUUGGUGGUUUCAUUCUCACAUGAUAAAAGUAAAACAUUGGCUAAUAUUUCAUCACAUUUAGAGUUUUUCUCACUGAGAAGUAAUACCUGGAAAGACAUUGAGUGUUCUGGAUUGGUGAACUAUACUCAUUAUGUUUCUAUGAAUGCUCCUGAAGAUCGCAGAGUAGGGUUGCUCUUUAAAGGAGCUAUUCAUUGGUUGACUUUUCGUCACGAUUCAUCUAUGCAUGUUAUUGUUGCCUUUCAUUUAGUGGGACAAAAACUUUUAGAGAUAUAUUAUCCAGAUGAAUUUUACCAUGAACCUAUAGAUUGUGAUUUGUGGGUAUUUAGAGAAUUUUUCAGUCUAUGGGCUGUGGAGGAUGAUACAGUUGAAAUAUGGGUUAUGAAAGAAUACGCUGUGCAUUCGUCUUGGACUAAGACACUUGUUCUGUCCACUGGUGCCAUUUCCACUCAGUAUUUUUCUCCGAUUUGUUGUACAAAGAGUGGCAAAAUUAUUGGAACAGAUGGUGGUACUGGAUUGGUGAAGUAUGAUGAAAAAGGAGAUUUUCUAGAGCAUCGAUUAUAUUGUAACAAUCCAUGUCAAUUCCAAGUUGCUAUGUAUACGGAGUCUCUACUUUCACUCCCUUGUGACAAUGAGCAAGCUUAA